UCUCAUGACUACAACCUGACACCCUGUCGUGUCAAGUUGUCUACCUAAGAACGCCGCCGUAUUAAUUUUUACUAAAGAUAUUUUCCAACGAACAUUACAAAAAAGUCUCCGACGCAGAAACCAAAAUCCCAAAGACGGACGGAGAAAUCAAAAACCCAAAAAUCAAAACUUUUGAUUUUGUGUUCCAUCAAAAACCCAAAUGUCUCAUCUCACGAUUAUAAUCGUUUCUAUCAUCUUCCUCUCUCCACUCGCAUUCGCCGUCACCGCGGAAUCGGAUACUCCGACGGCGUAUUCACUUCUCCAAAGCUACAACUUCCCCGUGGGAAUCCUUCCAAAAGGAGUCGUGGCUUAUGAUCUGGACACAACAACAGGCAAAUUCCAUGCUUAUUUCAACAAUUCGUGUAGCUUCUCUCUUGUGGGUUCUUACCAAUUGAAUUACAAAUCGACGAUCAGUGGUUACAUCUCCGAGAACAAGCUCAAGAAACUGACUGGUGUUAAGGUCAAAGUAUUGUUCUUGUGGCUUAACAUCGUUGAGGUUAUCAGAAACGGAGACGAGAUGGAGUUUUCAGUUGGGAUCACGUCGGCCAACUUCGCGAUUCAGGAGUUUUUGGAGUCGCCUCAGUGCGGGUGUGGUUUUGAGUGCAAGGAUUCGAAAUUGGGCUCGUUUGCGGGAAGAAACACUCCUUUUGUUUCUUCCUCUUGAAAUUGUGAAAAAGGUUCAAUUUUUUUCUUUUUGUAAUUUGUCUUUCAAAAAAAAAAGUCUUUACCUUUUAGAGAAAGAUCGCAUCUUUUUGUUAUGUAUUGUCCCAAUAAUAUGAGCGUUAGUUUCUGGAAUUCGUAAUUGUGAAGUGAAUUUGGCUGAUUUGUGAUCUGAAAAAUCUAUAUAUCUUGUCUUAAGAGUGAA